GUGUUAUACAGUGAUAUACAAUACACUGGCUGUCAGUACAGAGGAGGCUAUUUUAGUUGGCCACUCACAGAAGGCAAAAAGCACACAUAAAAUGUGACAUGAGUUUUCUUCUUGUCAUUUAAAGACAGAGACUGAUCACAUCAGCUGGGUUUUUCUGCAGAGAUAAAAGACAAAAAACAACAAUGUCGGAAGCGCCGAGAAAAUCAAAGAUCUCUGCAUCUCGCAGACUGGCUCUCAAGACCAAGCUGCUUAAAAUAGCAGCUGGGAUGUUGGAGAAAGAGAAAGAGGAAAAGAGGCUGGAGAAAGAAACUACUCUGGGGGAAAGAGUCCCUCCACUUCAGCUGUCUGGUUUGUCCCUGCAGGACAUUCAGACUCUGUGCAAAGAGCUGCACCAUAAGAUUGAUGUGGCAGAUGAAGAGCGCUAUGACAUUGAAGCGAAGGUGAUCAAAAACGACAAGGAGAUUGAAAACCUGUCCGCAAAGAUCUUUGAGCUGAAGGGGAAGAUGAAGAGACCUGCUCUCAAGAGGGUGAAGAUCUCAGCCGACGCCAUGCUUGGAGCUCUGUUGGGCGCUAAGGUCAAAGAGUCUGUGGACUUCAAGGCCAACCUGAAGACUGUGAAGAAAGAGGAUGAGAAGAAAGAGGAAGUGACUGACUGGCGUAAGAACGUGGAGGCCAUGUCUGGUAUGGAGGGCAGGAAGAAGCUGUUUAAUGCUGGACAGUAGAUUCAUAUUUCCGGACACUUUUAAGUCUGAAUGCUGUUUUAGAGGGGAGGAGAGUGAAGAGGAAAAGAGGUAACGUCACCGCACACAAUUACGAAGCACGAUCUCUAUGUUGGAGAGUGUGAGGGUGUGGGUACGGACUUACCAAAAUACAACAUGCAAACAUAAGUUGGCAGGAAUGUGAUUAUAUAUUUUGCAUUAAAGUUACACUGUGUUUUAUGCUGUUGGCACAAUGUCUGAAAAACACCUUGUUAAUAAAAACGUCUGACUGACA